AUGAAAGUUGAAAUCUUGCCGGUUUCAUGGAAGCGGCCUCCGUUUCAGUAUGUGACGUUGAACACGGACGCGAGUGUUGUCCAUGGACGGGAAGCUGGGGGUGGCUUGCUUCAGGAUCACGAAGGCAAGGUCAUCUUUGCUUUUUAUAAGGAGUUCAGAGAGACGGACGUCAUUAUAGCGGAAAGUCUGGCAUUACUCCAUGGCCUCAGAUUGUGCUCAGUAGCGUUCAAGGGGAGACUCAUGGUGGAAGCAGAUUCGCUCAUGCUGGUCAAUCUAGUUAACACAAGGAAUUCUGCUAAGUGGCCUCUCUGCAAUUUUGUCCGACAGAUCAGGGAGUUAGUUAGGUCAUACUCUGCUUCCGUUUGUCACAGCUUUAAGGAAGCGAACCAUGCAGCCAAUGAGCUAGCAGGAUCCAACUUGGGGAGGGAGUGGGUCGCUACAUCCUUUGCUAGCCUCCUAGGGAAGGUAAGGGCAAUAGUUCUACUGGAUAGUAGGGAAUUCUCGAAUGUUUGGGUUCAAUGUGUACGGGAGUGA